CAAAUAUAUGUACGCUCUAGUCGCUACUAUUUACAUAUAUACAGAUGCACACACACACCUAUAUAUAUGCCUAUGUAUAUAUAUGUAUAACCAAGAAGGGAAAUAUAAUUGACCCCAUGCAUAUGCUACCUUAAAAUUGUCAAACAAUAAUUGCAAAUUCAUGAUGCUGUCCGAAACCUCCCUACCGAUGAAGCAAUCCAUGCUACAGCUCAUAGAACAGCUGGAAGCCAAGGACAUCACCGAUCGCGUUAGUAUACAAGACGAAGUGGCGGAUUUCCUCACUAUGAUGCAAAAGACGGAUACGGCAUCAGCUCGGGCUGUUGAAUUGGCGGCAGAUUUGUUGAAAGGUGGAUGCGAUGAGGUUAUCUUUCGUGAGCUGACGAACUCUCUGGAGGUGUUGGCGAAUGGAAGCGCAACGCAUUUCGACAAGCCGGAAACAAUUGUGUACAACGCGCUCAGAGCAGGAAAGAUGGACGGAAUUACGCUCAAAGACGCACUCAUCAAGAGAAUGGUGAUAUCUAUGGCUGAUCAUGGCGCAUGCGGAUGAGAUAACCGCGUUAUAUGCACACAUACUCCUUCAGGAAUCCGCGUCUGUGAUUUACGCAAAUACAUAUGAUUUUAAGUCCCUUUAAUUCUCUCACAUUCAUAUUAUCGGAUCGAAAGAUGUCUGUCUGUCGUAUACGACUGACAUUAAUGGUAGAUUAAAGAUACCCAUUUCGAAACGUUCUCUACAGCGUUGUUCACUAGAUAUUUACUAAUCUCGUUUCAGAAUCCAUCGUAAGCUGUCUCACAGAUCUGAUCAUAAUCAAACCACAUAGAUUUUGAUUCCAGUUGCGAGUUUGACCUGUCAUUACAUUACAUGAAACAUCCCACGUUGCUUCCGAUUUAUACAGGCCAUCUUGAGGUCGAAACGAGAUGGCUCUACAGAAGAGGAGGCUGAGGCGAUGAUCCGAGAAUUCGUUCAAAUCAAAUCGAAACAGGUGGAGCAGGAAAACAAGCGACGGAAAAAGGCGGCGUUUGAGGCGUCUCAGAAAAUGUUCUCUACCUGAGUCAAGACUUUGGAGACCUAUAGACCGCCAUUGAGUCGAAGUGAUCGCCUGGGAUGCAUGCCACUGGGUUUGAUGAUGCAAUGAUGGUAUAUUAAUGUAGCACCUGGUACAAUACAUACCUAUUUGGUAGGUAUCAGGGUACGAAUAGCUGACUCGUUUAGGUUGCGUACAUGUCUGGUAAGAAGUAUAGCAAAAAUUGGACCACUAUCAUAGAAGGCUUGGCUUGCAUGUCAACCAACCGAACCGGGAAUACACCAAGCAAACAUUUCGUCAGUCUGGGGGCAGUUCCUGAUUCGUCGUAAUAAAAAAGUAUACUUGAGGCCUACGAGGUCCCCAGUUCCUUUAAGAAAAUUUGUAUGCACAACAAGUUAUUUCGCAGAGUGAGCUGAAGAGUCCGUUCUAUCUAGUCCAGCAGAAUGUAGUGGUCCUGCAAAACACCCCACCAGAAACAAAGAAACAACAAACUACAAACUACAGAAAAUCAUCCGCUGAAUAGUAUUCAAUUCGAGGGAGUAAGCACUCCCUGCUCAAACCAGCCAGG